UCAUUGUGAGAGAAUGUAUCUAACAAUAAGUGAAGUGAAUGAAUUCUAUCGAGCGACAGAGAGAAUGAUGCCGCGCCGCGUUUCUUAUUGCAAUGCAGAUUACAUGUAUAUCCAUCAAACAGAGGUCAAUGUCUUCGGACAAAAUAAUCGGAGCCGCGAUAGAAGGGGCUGCAUAAACACGCGAACGGAUUAAAAGGCCGCGGUGGCGAAUGCGACGAGAGAAAGUGCAGCCUCUCGAAGAGCGAAUGUCAUUACGUCGCGUUAGAGUGUGUGCAUUGCGCAUUGUCAACAUAUACCUACAAUACAAUAUUAUCAGGAUCGUGCUUAUCUAUAGGCACGUUGGAUGCCCGUUUAUACGCGUGAGACACUCGUAAUCGAAGAAAUCAGUCUUUCUACACAACACGCGUAAAAGGAUGUCCCACUAUCGGCCUUGGGGCUCGACGGAGAAUGGUCAGAUAGAAUUCGAGUCCUUAACGGAUGAGACCUUGGAGGGUGCUCUCGAUGUGAUAAAAAAGAGCUUUUUUCUCUACGAAUCCGUAUCCAUAGGCGUGGAAUUGAAUUCUGAGCCGGGAGCAUCCGAAGAACUCAAGGAGCUCUGUUUAUACGCGGCUAAGGACGGUGUGAGUGUCGUGGCUAUCGACAUUACUACUAACGAAGUUGUCGGUGUUGCGUUCAACAAAAUUCAAGUGUCCGCCAACAGCUCUGAGAAAAGUUUCUUCGAGCGCUUCAGUGACAACUGUCGGUACAAAUCGUCGAAGGCUCUGGUGGACUUCAUGAUAAAUGUAGAUUCGCGAGUAAAUCUCUUCAAGCAUUAUUACGUCGAUUGCAUCCUCGAGAUUAUGUUUAUAGCGACUUUACCCACCUACGGGAAACGACGUAUAGGCGAGAUGCUAAUCACCUCGUCGUUGGAACUCGGUGAGGAGUUGAGACGCGAUAAAAACGUGAGAAUACCUAUCACGAUACACGGCAGUGACGAGGUGACGAACGCCGACGCGGUGCCGGCCUUAGUCUCCGCAAUCAUGACGUCCAAUUACUCGUAUCGAAUCGCGAUGAAACUGCACUUCGACGUGCUGUUGGAAGUCUCGUACGACGAGUUCGAGUUCAAUGGAAAGAAGUACAGUGAGAGAGUAGGCCAGGAACAUCGACAGGCAGUUUUGGUAGCCAAGAGACUCUCCCCAAUUUUGCCAAAAAAACAAUGAUCGUGCGAGUAGUUUUAUGGACGGAGAACUUUCUCACAUUGCGAUGCUCAAUCGAAUUCAGGAAUAACAUAAAUUAGAAAUAAUAACAGAUAUUAUUAUAUAGAAAUUAUAAUUAUAGAUAUUAUUAUUCCUAAAUAU